AUGUAUUUUUUAGCACAUCAAUUUGGUAAAAUGUUUCAUCCAGCAGUUAUAAUUAAGAAUAAACAUAUUGAUGAAAUUCAAAAAGAUAUUUGGGAACACAUCAUAACUAAAGAAUCUAAUAAAAAUAAAUUGAAAAAUCUUAUUGAGAAAAAAUUAUUUAGUUCCAUUGAUAAAGAUAAACUAUUAUUAUCUUUAUCACAUUUGAAUCUAUUAAAAUAUCAUUUAGAAGAGCUGAUCAAUACUGUUCUAAAUAUUCAUAAUAAUAUAAAUAAUUUUAAAGAUAAAUUUAAAAUCAGAGAUAAUGUUCUUUGUGCUAAAAAUUCAGAUGGAAUGUAUUCUUCAAAUACUUUUUUAUCAAUAUGA